GAAGCUAGAGAGAGAAAGACUCUGAAGAGACCAGCGUUUGUGUUUGUGUUUGUGUGUGGAGACCACGACUGCCCCCACCACCGCUAGCUGACCAGAGAAGCCUAGAGAGAGACUCGUCCUCGAACCCACAAUUCUAGAGAGAGAGGGGCGCCUCCGAAUCCUAGGGAGAGAAGGAAAGAAACCGAGUCGAGUUCUGGUUUUUGGGCUUGGUGUUUUCAAACUGAUAGAGGGAGUUCAGGUGGGGUGUAAUUUGCUCAUCUGUUGCUGUCUUUGGAUGAGUUGAAGAUCAGGAUCGGUUUGUUGGAAUCCAUGGCUGCACCGGUUAAUAUAGUUGUAGGUUCUCAUGUAUGGGUUGAAGAUCCAGUGGAGGCAUGGAUUGAUGGUGAAGUUUCUAGGAUCAAUGGUCUUGAGGUUCAUGUUCAUACCACAAAAGGAAAAACGGUUGUUGCGAAUAUUUCUAAGGUGUUUCCAAAGGAUACUGAAGCUCCACCUGGAGGUGUAGAUGACAUGACAAAGCUUUCAUAUUUGCAUGAACCUGGGGUUCUGCAAAACUUGGCCGCUAGAUAUGAACUUAAUGAGAUUUAUACGUAUACUGGAAACAUCUUAAUUGCAAUAAAUCCUUUUCAAAGAUUGCCUCAUCUGUAUGACACCCACAUGAUGGAACAAUAUAAGGGAGCAGGUUUUGGGGAGCUCAGUCCUCAUGUGUUUGCUGUUGCAGAUGUUGCAUACAGGGCAAUGAUUAAUGAAGGAAAGAGCAACUCGAUUUUGGUCAGUGGAGAAAGUGGUGCUGGUAAAACUGAAACAACAAAGAUGCUCAUGAGAUAUCUAGCCCACUUGGGAGGGAGAUCUGGUGUAGAGGGAAGAACAGUUGAACAGCAGGUCUUGGAGUCCAAUCCAGUUCUGGAAGCAUGCAAUGCCAAAACUGUUAGAAACAACAACUCGAGUCGUUUUGGUAAAUUUGUUGAAAUCCAAUUUGACAAGAGUGGAAGGAUAUCUGGGGCAGCUGUCAGAACUUAUCUUCUUGAAAGGUCUCGAGUAUGCCAGAUUUCAACUCCUGAGAGGAACUACCAUUGCUUUUAUCUUCUUUGUGCAGCACCACCUGAGGAAAUUGAGAGAUAUAAGUUGGGGAAUCCAAGAACCUUUCAUUAUCUAAAUCAGUCAAAUUGUUAUGAACUGGAUGGUGUAAAUGAUGGUCAUGAAUAUCUGGCCACCAGAAGGGCUAUGGAUAUAGUUGGAAUUAGUGAACAAGAACAGGAGGCAAUUUUCAGGGUUGUCGCUGCAAUUCUUCAUCUUGGCAAUAUUAACUUUGCAAAAGGAAAGGAGAUAGAUUCCUCAGUCAUCAAGGAUGAACAGUCGAGAUUCCAUCUUAACAUGACGGCUGAACUUCUCAAGUGUGAUGCCCAGAGCUUGGAAGAUGCACUAAUUAAACGUGUAAUGGUGACACCAGAAGAAAUUAUUACAAGAACUCUUGAUCCUGUUAAUGCCAUUGGUAGCAGGGACGCAUUAGCUAAAACUAUAUAUUCUCGCUUGUUUGAUUGGCUUGUGGAUAAAAUUAACAACUCAAUUGGGCAGGACCCAAACUCGAAGUCAAUAAUUGGAGUUCUUGAUAUCUAUGGUUUUGAAAGUUUUAAGUGUAAUAGUUUUGAGCAGUUCUGCAUCAACUAUACAAAUGAGAAACUACAACAGCAUUUCAAUCAGCAUGUCUUCAAAAUGGAGCAAGAAGAGUAUACAAAAGAAGAGAUAAACUGGAGCUAUAUUGAGUUUGUUGAUAAUCAAGAUGUUUUGGAUCUGAUUGAGAAGAAACCUGGAGGAAUUAUUUCACUUCUAGAUGAAGCCUGCAUGUUUCCUAAGUCUACACAUGAGACGUUUGCACAGAAGUUGUACCAGACUUUUAAAAAUAAUAAACGUUUUAUCAAACCAAAGCUUUCACGUACUGAUUUUACUAUUAGCCAUUAUGCAGGGGAGGUAAAUUACCAAGCCAAUCUGUUUCUGGACAAAAACAAAGAUUAUGUGGUGGCAGAACAUCAAGCUUUGCUUACUGCAUCAAAUUGCCCCUUUGUGGUCAGUUUAUUUCCUGCACAAUCAGAGGAAACAUCAAAGUCAUCCAAAUUUUCUUCCAUUGGAUCACGUUUUAAGCUACAACUGCAAUCUUUGAUGGAGACUUUGAGUGCUACUGAACCUCACUACAUCAGAUGCGUGAAGCCAAAUAAUGUCUUGAAGCCUGCCAUUUUUGAGAAUGCCAAUAUUAUCCAACAAUUACGCUGUGGUGGUGUUCUUGAGGCAAUCAGGAUCAGCUGUGCUGGAUAUCCUACCAGGCGGACAUUCUAUGAGUUUCUUCACCGUUUUGGUGUUCUUGCUCCAGAAGUUCUUGAGGGAAACUAUGAUGACAAGACUGCAUGCAUAAUGAUUCUUGAUAAAAAGGGUUUGAAAGGAUACCAGGUGGGCAAGACAAAGGUUUUUCUGAGAGCAGGUCAGAUGGCCGAGUUAGAUGCCAGAAGAGCUGAGGUUCUUGGGAAUGCAGCUAGAACAAUUCAACGACAAAUUCGUACUUACAUUGCACGCAAGGAGUUCAUCUCAUUACGCAAAGCUGCUAUUCAGAUGCAAUCCUAUUGGCGAGGUAGAAUGGCCUGCAAACUGUAUGAGCAAUUGAGGCGAGAAGCUGCAGCUCUGAAGAUCCAGAAGAACUUUAGACGAUAUAUUGCCAGGAAAUCAUACUUAACAGUACGAUCAUCUGCAAUCACAUUGCAAACAGGCUUGAGGGCAAUGACUGCACGCAAUGAAUUCAGAUUCCGGAAGCAAACUAAAGCUGCCAUCAUCAUCCAGGCACAUUGGCGUUGCCACCAAGCUUACUCUUAUUAUAAGAGUCUUCAGAAGGCAAUAAUUGUAACUCAGUGUAGUUGGAGAUGCAGAGUUGCCAGAAGAGAGCUUAGAAAGCUCAAAAUGGCUGCAAGAGAAACAGGGGCCCUUAAAGAAGCAAAGGACAAGCUAGAAAAGCGGGUGGAGGAACUUACAUGGAGAUUGCAGUUGGAGAAGCGAUUAAGGGUUGAUCUUGAGGAGGCAAAAGCCCAGGAAACUGCUAAACUGCAAGAAAUGUUGCACGCAAUGCAAUUGCAAAUAGAAGAAGCUAAUGUCAUGGUUAUCAGAGAACGAGAGGCAGCUCGGAAAGCAAUUGAAGAAGCACCUCCUGUCAUUAAGGAGACCCCAGUUAUAGUCCAAGAUACAGAGAAGGUGGACUCGUUGACAGCUGAAGUUGAAAGGCUGAAGGCUUCUUUACUAUCACAAACACAAGCAGCAGAAGAGGCCAAGCAAGCUUGUGCUGCUGCUCAGGCCCAAAAUGAGGAACUAACCACAAAGCUUGGUGAUGCAGAGAAGAAAGUGGAUCAACUCCAAGAUUCAGUGCAGAGGCUUGAAGAGAAGCUUUCUAAUUUAGAAUCAGAGAAUCAAGUACUUCGUCAACAGGCACUGGCCAUAUCACCAACUGCUAAAGCUUUAUCUGCACGACCAAAAACACCGAUUCUUCAGAGAACUCCUGAGAAUGGAAAUGUUCUAAAUGGAGAAGCAAAGAAACAAUUGGAUUCAAGUCUUGCCCUUUCUUCUCCACGGGAACCUGAAUCUGAGGAAAAGCCCCAGAAAUCUCUCAAUGAGAAGCAGCAGGAAAACCAAGACCUGCUAAUCAAGUGUAUUUCACAAGAUCUAGGAUUCUCUGGGGGCAGGCCUAUUGCUGCUUGCUUGAUUUACAAAUCCCUUCUCCAAUGGAGGUCAUUUGAGGUUGAAAGAACCAGUGUAUUUGAUCGUAUUAUUCAGACAAUAGGUGCAGCAAUAGAGGUCCAGGAUAACAAUGAUGUCUUGUCCUAUUGGUUAUGUAAUUCGUCUACACUGCUGUUGCUUCUUCAACGCACACUCAAAGCAAGUGGAGCAGCUAGCUUAACUCCACAAAGGCGGAGGUCAACAUCAGCUUCUUUAUUUGGGAGGAUGUCUCAAGGGCUUCGUGCAUCUCCACAAAGUGCUGGGUUCUCAUUUCUUAAUGGUCGGGUGCUUGGUGGACUGGAUGACUUGAGACAAGUUGAAGCCAAAUAUCCAGCUUUGCUUUUCAAACAGCAACUCACAGCCUUCCUUGAGAAGAUAUAUGGAAUGAUAAGAGACAAUUUAAAGAAAGAGAUUUCCCCAUUGCUUGGAUUGUGUAUUCAGGCACCUAGAACAUCCCGGGCAAGUUUAGUGAAGGGACGUUCUCAAGCUAAUGCUGUUGCACAACAAGCAUUGAUUGCUCAUUGGCAAAGCAUUGUGAAAAGCCUGAAUUAUUACUUGAAGAUAAUGAAAGCAAACCAUGUUCCACCAUUCCUAGUCCGCAAGGUGUUCACUCAGAUAUUUUCAUUCAUCAAUGUUCAGUUAUUCAACAGUCUCCUUUUGAGGCGUGAAUGUUGCUCAUUCAGCAAUGGGGAGUUUGUUAAGACAGGAUUGGCCGAGUUAGAAAACUGGUGCCAUGAAGCAACCGAAGAGUAUGCUGGCUCAGCUUGGGAUGAACUGAGGCAUAUCAGACAAGCAGUUGGAUUCCUGGUUAUACAUCAAAAGCCUAAAAAAACUUUGAAAGAAAUAACAAAUGAUCUUUGCCCGGUACUUAGCAUACAACAAUUAUACAGGAUCAGUACCAUGUACUGGGAUGACAAAUAUGGUACACACAGCGUAUCAUCAGAUGUUAUUUCGAGCAUGAGAGUAAUGAUGACUGAAGAUUCGAACAAUGCUGUCAGCAGUUCGUUCUUAUUGGAUGAUGACUCAAGUAUUCCAUUCACUGUGGAUGAUAUUUCCAAGACAAUGCAACAAAUAGAAGUUUCUGAUAUUGAUCCUCCACCACUGAUUCGUGAAAACUCAGGCUUCUCAUUCUUAUUACCAAGGGCCGAAUGAUUUCCAGUGGUUGCCUUUUCCUUCCAAUCCUCCUCUCUUCCCACAACCCUUCUUCACGAUCUACCUGCUGCAAAACCUGUGCAUACGUUCCAUUUUCCAUCUGCCUGAUUCAUAUUUAUAUAAGUUUCAUUUUCCCAGGCUAGUAUUUGCUUUCUGUGUCUGGGUUGAUUCUUUUUCCCCCCUUUCCUGUUGCCAUUUUGUUCUUUACAGUGUGGGGUAUUUGAUUAGUAGAAACUACAGUUCUAGUGCCAAAACACUGAGCAACAAAUAGAAACAUGCCCUGGCGUCCAGGAAGUUGCUCCAGCAAAGGCUUUUUCAUUUGUUUGUGGGGCUUCUCGGUAUUGUAUUUCUUCUUUUGGGUCGGUUUUUUAGUACUAGACUGUAAUUUAUGAUGGUAGCCACAUUUUUUUUGGCCAUUUUUUAUUGUAUAUGGAAGACGGUUUUGUGUUAGUGAUGUAAGGUUCUAUUAUUCAUUUCAAAAUGGGAGGGUCAUGACAAGUGUUUUCUGCUGUCGAUGACGAAAAAAACAUGUACAAUAUAUACAAAGUUGUAAAAAUGGUAGAACAGCCUAUGAAACCUGAAAUUCAUGGCAAGGAGCUGAAACUGUUGAAUGAAAUCUGUGUGAUAUCUUAGUAUUCUAUACAA